GUCAUGCCAUGCAUGCCAAGUGCUACCUGACGUAGUCUCUCUCUCUUUCACUCAUCGUUCGUGGUUCGUGUGAAGCACGUUGCGCAUGGUUUCUCGGCGGUUGACGUACACGUGCUGGAAGUUGUUUAACUAGCAUAUUCGUGUCUGUUAGUUUUUCGGUUAAUUAUUUCAUAAUAUAGACGAAGAUGGAUAGUUCUUUGACAGCUAAAGAGAUCAGAAGAAUGUUUAUUGACUUCUUUGUAAAAAAGAAACAGCAUGAAUAUGUUCACUCAUCAUCCACAAUACCACUGGAUGACCCCACUCUACUUUUUGCUAACGCAGGAAUGAAUCAGUUCAAACCCAUUUUUUUGGGGACUGCAGAUCCCAAUAGUGACAUGGCAAAGUGGGUGCGAACAACAAAUACUCAGAAAUGCAUUAGGGCAGGUGGUAAACAUAAUGAUUUGGAUGAUGUGGGUAAGGAUGUUUAUCAUCACACAUUCUUUGAAAUGUUGGGCAAUUGGUCGUUCGGAGAUUACUUCAAGAAAGAAAUAUGUACAUGGGCAUGGGAAUUGUUGACUGAAGUCUAUAAGCUGCCAGCUGACCGUUUGUAUGUUACAUACUUUGGAGGCGAACCUAGUGCUGGGUUGGAGCCUGAUAACGAGUGCAAACAAAUUUGGAUUGACUUGGGUAUUCCAGAAUCUCAUGUACUACCAGGAAGUAUGAAAGACAAUUUUUGGGAAAUGGGUGAAACAGGACCUUGUGGGCCUUGCUCUGAAUUGCAUUUUGACAGAAUUGGUGGGAGAGAAGUUCCUCAUCUUGUGAACCAAGAUGAUCCAGAUGUUUUGGAAAUAUGGAAUUUGGUUUUCAUACAAUUCAAUAGAGAGGUUGGAGGAGAGCUGAAAUCGCUACCAAAGAAGCACAUAGAUUGUGGUAUGGGUUUGGAACGACUUGUGUCAGUUAUCCAGCAAAAACGAUCAAAUUAUGACACUGAUCUUUUCAUGCCUCUUUUUCAAGCAAUCCAACAGGGCACUGGUUCAAGACCAUAUGCUGGCCUUGUUGGAAGUGAAGACACUGAUGGAGUGGACAUGGCGUACCGAGUUUUGGCUGAUCAUGCUAGAACUUUAACUAUAGCCCUUGCUGAUGGAGGCUAUCCUGAUAAUACUGGUCGAGGAUAUGUGUUAAGACGAAUUUUACGACGUGCAGUGCGGUAUGCUACUGAAAAACUAAAUGCCAAAGCAGGAUGGUUAUCGUCACUAGUACAUGUUGUUGUUGAUUUGCUUGGGGAUACUUUUCCAGAAGUUAAACGUGACCCUCAAGCAAUCAUAGAUAUUAUUAAUGAAGAGGAAAUUCAGUUUUUGAAGACCUUAUCUCGUGGUCGAAGUUUACUAAAUCGUACUGUUGCUAAAUUGGAGGGGGCAGAUACAGUGCCAGGAGAUGUUGCAUGGCGACUCUAUGAUACUUACGGCUUCCCAGUUGACUUGACUCAACUCAUGGCUGAAGAAAAGGGAUUAAAAAUCGAUAUGAAUGCCUAUGAAGAAGCUAAAAAGCAGGCCCAGAUUGCUUCUCAAGGAAAAGGUGGAGGUGUUGAUAUACAGAUUGCCUUAUCUGUUCAUGAUAUAUCAGAUUUACAAAACCGAGGGAUUCCUGCUACAAACGAUAUGCCAAAAUAUAACUACAAAUCAUCAUCUGCAGAUCCCAACACUAAAUAUGAUUUUACACCAUGCUCUGGACGUAUUCUUGCAAUUCGUUCACAUGGAGCAUUUGUCGAGAAAGUAUUAUCUGGAGAGGAGUGUGGAAUUAUUCUGGAUAAAACUUCAUUUUAUGCUAAUGCUGGUGGACAGAUUUAUGAUGAAGGAUUUAUUGUGAAAACUGGUGAUGAUAGUGUUGAAGUGGCAGUGAAGAAUGUACAAGUAUCUGGAGGCUAUGUUUUACAUGUGGGUCGUGUUGAAGGUGAACUGAAAGUUGGAGAUUCUGUGGAUUUGCAUGUUGAUACUGAAAGACGAAGAUUAGUUAUGAAUAAUCACACAGGAACACAUGUGCUAAAUUAUGCUCUUAGAGCAGUUUUAAAAGCAGAUGUUGCUCAGAGAGGUUCUCUUGUUGCUCCUGAUAGGCUGAGAUUUGAUUUUACCAAUAAGAAUGCCAUGACAAUAGAACAAGUAAAAGCUGCAGAAGAAGAAGCUAUUGCGUUGAUACGGAAAAAAUUACCUGUGUAUGCAAAAGAUUCUGCCUUAGCUGUAGCAAAAACAAUUCAAGGGCUCCGUGCAGUGUUUGAUGAAGUGUAUCCAGAUCCUGUUAGGGUGGUAAGCAUUGGAGUACCUGUUGAAGAACUUGAAGCUGAUCCUUAUGGAUUGGCUGGUAUGAAAACUUCAGUGGAGUUCUGUGGUGGGACGCAUUUACAAAAUUCUGCUCAUAUUGGUGAUUUUGUAAUAGCAAGUGAAGAGGCAAUUUCAAAAGGUGUGAGGCGAAUUGUAGCCUUAACUGGUCCUGAAGCUACUAAAGCUUUAAAUAAAACAGCUUUGUUAGAACGAGAGGUUGUGGAAUUAAAGGAGAAAGUAGUUAAAGCUCCUCCAGGAGAUGGUCGUUCUCUGCAGAAAAAGAUCAUAGAGUUGACUGAUGAUGUGUCACAUGCUGUAAUUCCAUACUGGAAGAAAGAAGAACUACGAAAUGUUUUGCGAGAUAUGAAAAAACGCUUAGAUGAUAGUGAUAGACAGGCAAAGGCUGCUGUUACCACACAUGUGCUUGAAGAAGCAAGAGUGCUAAUUACCCAACGACAGAAUCAGCCUGUUAUUGUUGCAGAACUGAAGGCUUUUGCUAAUAAUAAGGCAUUAGAUGGCGCAUUGAAACAAGUGAGAACACUGUCUCCAGAAACAGCUGCUUUGUUUUUUAGUAUUGAUCCAGAUGCAAGAAAGAUUGUGUGCCUAUGUUCUGUUCCAAAGAAUGCAGUGAAUAGAGGCUUGAAAGCAAAUGAAUGGGUUGGAGCUGUGACUGGAUUAAUGGGGGGGAAAGGUGGAGGCAAAGCUGAAUCAGCCCAGGCAUCUGGCUCAAAUAUUCAGAAUUUAGCUCAAGCUUUAAAAACAGCUCUUGAUUUUGCAAGAGGCAAGCUGGGAAUUGAGGAUAAAGGUGAUGUUCCCAAAUCAACAUGUUUGGAAAAAGGAGAUGCUCCAGUUCAGAAAGGAUCUGUGGUUGUCUAUUCUCCUCAAUCUUCUGUGUUUACUUUACUUGCGAAAAUCAUUUCACAGUAUGCAGGGAAAUGUGUUGCCUUUGAAAAUAGCAAGAGUGCAAGUGAAACUCCUGAGUAUAAAAAGAAAUUUUUCGGUCUUGAGCCUGCCUAUGAAGAUCCUAAUAAUAAGGUGUAUCUAUUUGAUAGCAAUGCUAUUGCUCUCCAUUUAGCAAAUUCAUCACUUCGUAGAGAUGAUUCUCCUGUUGCACAUGCUCAAGUUUUGCAAUGGAUGGAACUCUCUCGCAACCACUUAGUCCCAUACAUAGCUGGAUGGAUACAUCCUAAUGCUCCAGAUAAAGCUGGUUCUCGAAAAGAGGCUGAACGUAUUCUGUCAACAAUAAAUAGCAAUUUAUUGCUUCAUACUUAUUUAGUUGGGGAACGAAUCAGUCUUGCAGAUCUGUGCAUCUUUUCCACUCUUGUGCCUCUGUAUGCACAAGUCCUUGAUAAACCAGCACGUGCCCAGUACCAAAAUUUAACUCGAUGGUUUUUGACUAUUUUACAUCAGCCUUCUGUUGCUGCAGUGAUUCCAGAAUUCAAGUUGUGCGAGAAGCCAUUGAAAGUUUCGACAUCGCCUCCCAAAACAGCAAAAUCUGGAAAAGAAGAGAAAAAAGCUGGGAAGCAAGAAAAGAAGGCCGAUAAACAGAAAGAAAACAAGGCUCUGCAGCAAGAGGAACCAGAUGAAACAGAGGCAGUGCUAGCUGCUGAACCUAAAAGCAAAGAUCCUUUGGCAGAUGUACCUCGUGGAUCCUUCAAUUUAGACGAGUUCAAAAGAGUAUAUUCUAAUGAAGAAGAAGCAGUAUCUAUCAAACAUUUGUGGCAAAAGUUAGACACCCAGCAUUGGUCAUUUUGGUUUUGUGAAUAUAAAUAUCCCGAAGAAUUAAGACAACCUUUCAUGAGUUGUAAUCUAAUUACUGGAAUGUUUCAACGCUUAGACAAAUUACGUAAACAUGCUUUUGCAUCCAUGUGUCUCUUUGGAGAUACGGGUAAUAGUUCAAUUUCAGGUGUAUGGUUGUGGUGUGGACAUGAGCUUGCUUUUCCUUUAUCUCCUGAUUGGCAAGUAGAUUAUGAAUCCUAUGAGUGGACCAAAUUAGAUGUUUCUAAGCCUGAAACUAAACAAUUGAUAGAGCAAUAUUUGUCAUGGUCUGGUAGUGACAAGGGUGGUAGGAAGUUCAACCAGGGGAAGGUUUUUAAAUAACUGAUGUUUUGACAUAAAACACGUUUGAUGUUUGCAGAAUUUGGUUAAUAUUCUGUUCUGAUAGUAUGCACUAAAUUUAACUGAACUUUCCAGAAAGUCUUAUUUAUUUUUUGAAGGUUUUGGUUUAUUCAAUGGGAUUAUCAGGAGAUGUGAUAUUACUUGCUACGUGCCAUUCACUCAGAUUUAUUUACAUAGAAAUAUGUACAAUAAAAAAAAAAUCUUAUACAGAUUUGACUUAUUUCAAGAAAUUUGAUCUUCCUUUUCCACAAAUUUCCUUUUAUUUACAUCAUACAUUUCACGAAUCUUACUAAGUAAAAUGUGUAAAUUAGUGCCACUCUUUGCUGAUAUGGGAAUGAUAGGUUCAUUGAUGUUUAAUUUCAUAAGAGGAAAAUUCUUCUGGGCAGAAGGCAAAUCCAUUUUGUUAGCAACCACAAGAUGUGGUCUUGACAACAUACUGACACUAAAAUGCCUCAUUUCAUCACGUAGGAUGUUCAAAGCUUCCCAUGGGUCAUCUUCGGAUGCAUCUAGGAGAAACAGCAAUAUAGGACAUCUUUCGGCAUGUUUGAGGAAAGCUAUUCCUAAUCCUUUAUUGCAAUGAGAAUUGGGAAUAAGGCCAGGCAAAUCAGCAACUGAAAAUGCACCAACAGAAUGAAAAUUAAAAAACUAUUUUUAUUUUAAAAAUUAUGUUUUGUCGCACAACGCUACACUGACCUGCGAUUUGCUCAUGGUCUUCAUAAUUCACAAUUCCAAGAUGAGGGUGUAGAGUAGUAAAAGGAUAGGGAGCUACUUUUGGCCGUGCUCGAGAAAUAGCUUGUAGUAAUGUACUUUUGCCAGCAUUAGGAUAGCCUAUCAGUCCCACAUGAGCUAUCUUUGCCAAUUCCAGGUAAUAAAUGUUAUCUUCUCCAUUGGCUCCAUACUCAGCAACUUGAGGAGUUUGAUUGGUGUCAGAAGCAAAGAAAUGGUUCCCUUUUCCCCCAGCACCACCACGUGCAGCAACAAACAUUGCACCUUCUUCAAGGAGAUCCCCAACUAUUAUUCCAGAGCUAUUUUUCACUACUGUUCCAAGAGGAACCUUGAUCACAGUGUGUGAUGCACUGUGCCCGUGGCAGUGGUCAUUGUAACCUUUUUCACCAUCGUCUGCUUUCAAAAUAGUUUUAACAUGAUGCAGAUCAGACACCUCUGCACUUGCUUGAAGGAGUAUGUGGCCACCAUUCCCUCCAUCACCACCAUCAGGACCAGCAUUAGGAUUGCACCACAAUUUCAUAAAGGAGACACAGCCAUCUCCACCGUUGCCCCCCAUUGCCCGAACUCUAAUACUAUCAACAAACCUCUUCAACUGAAAUCAAUAAAAGAGUUUUUGUUGAACUGAUCCCAGGUUCCAGAAAAGUAAAUAUAAUUUUGGACAAUAUUAAAGAAGCACACCGUAUCUUUGCGUUGUGAUUUACUCUUUCUAUCCCGCAAUACUGCUGGAAUUUCAGAUGUAUUGAGCAGUCUUGAAAAUUGUGUGAAAAGUACUUCUGUCACUGGUCUGCAAAAUAAUGAUCUAUGUAACAGCAACAUCUGUAAAAAAAAAUUGACAAAUGAAAAUGUGCAGUUAGGACAGAAAAGCACUCUGUCAGAAUUUGAAAGAUGAGAAGUACAACAACAGAAAAAUUAAUAAAUAAAUGUGUAUUGUAUUACUUCAAAAUGUCCCUAAAAAGAAAACAAAAACUACAGAGUACAUGGGCCAUAUUUUGUAAUGUAAUAAAGCCUUAAACAAGAGGGAGGGGGACUUUUAUAUUAACAUUUUUUUAAUUACAUAAGGUAUAUUUUACUAGUAAAUAUAUAAAACUUUCUACAAGGAGAAUGAUAUUGUAACUUAUUUAUGUAAUUGUUUCUAUGUUGAACCAUCAUGGCAGGCCUGCACAACGCUUGCUCCCAAAGGCAUUGUGCACUCAAGAGCAGGGGGCCUGCCCACGAGAGCAGGGCCAGUGCCAGCAGUAUGGACUAGGCAGCUUUGUGGGGAGGGGAGCAGCUUGCUAUUACACAGUGGAAGCGUGGAACGUAGAUUGAAUGCCUGGGCUUCUAAUGCAAUGAUCCACGCUGUGAAAUUAUUUGCCUACUUAUUUAGACGGAUGAUGUCCCAUAUUUGUAGCUAUAAAGGCCAUAAUGUACAGUUUAUGUUCUUUGCACUGCUAUAUAACAUUUUUUAAAUUUAUUUUUAGUUUACGCUCAUUGUGACAAACAAUAUUUGAAAGAGGUGGCCUCUUUUAAAAAUUACAGUUUAAUUUUAACUACUAUUCAUUCACAAUUAAAUAAUUUGAUUUUUCACCAAGAAAGUUAUAAUCUUCAACUUAAUUAAUAUUUUAUGGACAAUAUUAAAAUCAUAAAAUUAAGUUAAUAUAUUUUAAAUUAAUCAAGGUCGUAAACAAUAUUGAAUAUAUAGUCUUCAUUAGAUAUUAGAAAUAUAUAAUGUAUUCUUGUCAAAAUGCAAUGUACAGUCUAAAAUUACAGCAUAAAGUAAUAAUUUUUCAAGACUUUUUUGGGGGCUUAACUUUACUUGGCCUUUUUAUAUUAACUUUGCUUAACUUUAAUAGAAUAACUAUCUUAUUAAAUUUAAAAUAGUUUAUUGCUGUCAUCAAAAACAAUUCAAUAUUACAAUUUUGUCUUCAGCACCUCACUACAUUUGUGAUUACUUUGCAGCAAAUUACAUUACCAGUCCUGAAAGCAAGUAUAACACUAGGUGCCCAAAUCAAAUAAGCAUGUCUAAUUCAUUUUAGGUUAAUAUUUCAGAUUGUAAUCUAGAGACAACAAAUAUUUCUGAAAUAACAUAAAAUGCAAUAUUACUUGGACUGUACGUAAAGGACUGCCAUGCUCUCACCAACUGAUCUUUCACUUUACGUGCUAUGAUUCAAAUUGCACAUUCCCAGUGGUGGUUCCCCCACCUAGAACGAGUAUCAUCCCUACUCUUCUGCACUGCCUGUGAUUGCACUUGAGUGGCUUGCCCCUGACUCUUGAGGUCAGUGAAAGUGCAAAAUUCAAUGCAGGUUUGAUUUAUGGGGUUGCUAGAUGGCUUGGAGAACAUAGACCCUAAAUUAAAAAUAAUUUCCCAAAUUGUCAGGUAAAAAAAAGAUUAAAAUCGAGAAUUUAACAUAUUUAUGGAAAUAUGUUUUUAUAUAUGGUUAAAUAUGGUUUUAUUUAGUAUGGGUAAGGGACUCGUAACUGAAAGUUGUUUAUUUCAGGCAAAGAAAUGUACAAUGAAAAUAUUUCAAUUUAUUUUAUUUUAAAAGUUCUCAAGUCCGAUCAGUAAACAAUUGUUCAAUAUAUUUAAUUUUUUGCACACAGGAGGAAAUUAGUCUUCACAUUCUUUACUCAAAAUAAUAAUAAAUGUCAGUUCAUAGGACACAAGACUCGCUUGUUCACCAUUAAACAUUUGUUAAAUUCGUGUAAGCAUUUAGAAUAAAAAAUGUUCCCUAAAUCCUCAGAGUUAUGACAUUCAUUAAUUUUUUUACUUUCUAACUUCAAUUGUGGUCUGAUUCUUCUAAAUUAUUUUUUCUUCUGUCUUUACAGUGUGAAUCAUAAAUAGAUAAGUAACCUAUCAACUAAGCAUUUGACGUGCCAGUUUCUCCAACGCUGAUAUCAGGAAUCCAAAGAGAAAUAAUAAAAUAAUGAAUAAUGAUACUGCACUAAUAGAUAAAAUGUCACUUUAUUAUUUUCGUUUAUGAAAUACAGAGCAUGCCACUGUCAACUACUUAUUCAUUAAAUCCGGCAUGAUAUUUCUUAGAAGAGAAAUGUCUGAACAGAAUCACUAAUCCCACCAGCUACUACUAUCUCACUGUCAUCCCCAGGUGUUGUUCUAAUGCAGGACCUAUCACUUCUUGUUGUAAUUUUACAACCAAAGACCUGUGUAAAGCAAUUUCGUAUGAACAGUAGGUCACUCUCAGGCACUUGCUGAACCAACCUUCUGGUGAUUUGUAGUUAUCCACAACUUCAACACAAUGUACAAUUUCUCCAACUAAUUGCCACAACACUUGGCAUAUUAAUUCAAUGUCAGGUGGCUCUAGCUGGUGAGCCACACUUAAGUCAAAUGUAAAAGAAGGAGGAGAAAUGCUUACAGGUUUCCAUGAAAGCAAACCUUUUUCAUCAAUUACAACUUUAGCCCCCAAGGCCCAUAGCUCAUGCCAACCUGACAGGCGAAACAGAUUCAAUGCCAACUCAUCCAAGUAGAGUAAACAUGUAUUUGGGUCUACUUCUUUCACAACAUUUAAAAAUAUCUCAGAGGAACAAUGUAUUUCAGUCAACCAUUCCUGACAAAGAGAAAGUGACUUUGAUCCCAACAGUACUACAUAACAUGAUGCAGGUGCUGAUGUGAAAUCCCUUCCUACAUUUACAAAAGCAGUUCCCCAAAAGAGCUGUAUAUGGUAAUUUCCCCAAUACUGUUCUUGUUUUAAUUCCUCAAUCAAAGAACCUAUAUCUUCAAAAUGACGCAAUUCACCAUUGCUCAUUACUGGUGACACUUGACAUGUCUUAGUAUGGUAGGUUUUAUUACUAUACAUCACAAGGCUUUGCAAAAGAUAAUAAAGUGUUGAAGAAUUGUCAAAAACUAAACUUUUCUUCAAAAGGUUACUUUGAAGGUGAGAACAGUUAACAGUUCCUUCGGGCAAUACUAUUUGCUGAAUAUUCAUUACAUUUGAACUCUUUUUAACAAACUCAAAGGGGACAGGUGCUAUGCAAAAUACAUGUACCAGUGCACCUUCUCUUUUAAAAGAGGAAUCACGACUGCGACGUCCUACGCAAGAAUAAUUCCCUAAAGGUGAAUUCUGUACCCAUGGCUCAACAGCAUUGAGAACAAGCCCUCCAUGAGCAGCCAUUUCCACAACUUUCCAUGUGUCAGCAUAUUGUCGACAAGCUGUCUCACGAUUUGACCCACCUUGACCACGACAUAAUGACACAAUUACAAUUCCCCCCAGAGCCAACAAAGGAGUACAACUUUUAAAAAAGUUGCAUAACAAUUCUCGAUUCAAGUGAAUUUUUGUUUUUCCUCCAACAUGAGGAAAGUUGAAGACAAUCCGAUGAAAUGUAUGGCUUCUCAAUUCUUUGUAUUCUCCUAAACGUGUAGCGUCUAUAUCCAGUAGUACUCGUACUCCUUCGCGUUCCAAAAACUGAAUAUUUUCUUCGGUCGACGAAUAUGCAGGUUGCUUUUCGAAGCAGCAGGAUGUCAGUUUUAAGUUAAAUUUCAAUUUCACUAAUGCAACACUAAAUGAAAAAUUACCCUCACCAACAAGUAACACAGCCUGAUCUCUGCAAAACAAUGACGUGCGCAUUGUAUUUAAGUCAUAUUCAUAAUAUCGCACAACACAUUAGCAAACAUCACAGGUGAACUUAACCCCACGUGGAGCUGAUGUUUAUGUGAUCAAUGUAACCUGAACAUUAUGCCAUGUGUACCAACGAUAGUUGAAGCACUAUCCACUAUCUUCUGCGCACGCGCAGGUCAAGUUUCAGCAGGGCCGGU